ACUGAUAAAAGAUAAGGGAUCAGUGAUAUCUAUAUAGACUCUGAAAGGUACUUUGAUCAAAAUUAAUGGCGGCUUAAAAUGAUGAAGUGCAUGAUAAACGGGGCCUCUGUAGUGGCAUACAAUCGACGAUCCAGCAAGUUUAGCACCACGUAUACUUAAGUUAAGUAAGGGCAGGAGUGAAUUAAGUCGUUACGGAACGUGAUGCAACGCUGCCGUUUCUAGAACCCGUCCGAAAUCGAGCACUCGACGUGGCUAUCUUCCCUCAUAAAGAUAUGAUAAACAUGUUUUCAAAAAUAUUGUUAUCUGAGUGCUAAUAGUGUUUCGGCUUUAGAAAAAUGGUGGUAUUUAUAUCGCCACUUGUUGCGUAACGUAAAUUUUCGCAGGUGAGCACAGUAUCAAGGAAGAGCGUUAUCUGUUAGCACACGGAUCGGUGUAGGGUGAUGAUGAUGUUUGUUUCGGGUCUUGCUAAGUUUAUAAAUCCAAGCGUGACUUACACCAAGUGAGAAGCCUUCCACGCCGUUGGCAGCUCCCGACAUUGUUCAGUAUUUCAGUAAACAUUGACGAAAUUGUCGCUGUUACAAAUCGAUGCUGUGAUUAGAUAAAGACUAUCGGUACAUCGCAAACUGUCCACAAUGGCCAAACCCAGCCAACGCAGAAGGAGCUCCAUCAAGAAGGAGUUCAACGAGAAGGAACUGCAAGACUUACGGACGGCCUUCGAACUCAUCGACUCGAACCAAGACGGCCGCAUCAACCCCGACGAAUUCAAAAUCAUGCUGAAAAAUCUCGGCAUCGAGCUCGAGGACGAAAAGAUCGAAGACCUCAUCCGGAGUGCGAGUCACGCAGGCAUCGAGGUGAUCGACGAAAAUGAGUUUCUCACGUGGAUCAAACACAUCCAGGAUUUAAGACCCGAGUCGAAAAGCGAGGACGACGACUCCAAGGAGCUUAUGGAGGCGUUCAGGGUCUUCGAUCUCGACAACAACGGCUACAUCACCCGGGACGAGCUCAGGACCGCCAUGGAGAAAAUCGGCGAACCCGUCACCGAGGUGCAGCUGACCGAGUUUAUCACUUUAGCAGAUACAGAUAAAGAUGGUAGAAUUAAUUACGAAGAAUUUGCGCGGUUGUUAUCGUGAGGUGACGGACUAGAUAGACUUUGCGGCGUUGGAAGUGGGGGUUUGGAAAAUUUUAUUAAAUGAGGAAUUUCAAGUUAGAGGACAGCAAAUAUUACGGCUAUUAAUUAUACGAAAAUAUACUUGGAGACUAUUUAUAUUUGCCGCACUCUAAAUUUGGACGCAAGGCUAGAAAGCGGCUGCAGUAUAGCUUGUCAUAUUAAGAAAACAAUAUUUGGCAGCGGUUACAUUGUGGGGUCAUAAAUUCCCGUUUUGUUCGAGGAAUUCGCAUUCUUUCAAAAUGUCAGCACCCACGUUCGCUUCCACGACUUCUUCAUCGUCCUCUGGGAACAACGGCCAACGAAAAUAGUCGGAAUUUCUUGAAAUCCAAUAUUAGCGAGCGCUGACGUCAGCGAUUAUCUCUACAAGUGAAUUCCUCUAACUUAUUGCCUGAUUAGCGAUAAGCUGUUUAAACUGAAUUCGUCUAUUAUGCAAAUGUGUGACACAAAUAAAGUUUUCCAAAUCUCACUAAUAAAGUUAUCAGAGAGUGUGUAACUUUCCGGUAGGUGGCAGUAAUCAACUUAGUCGUAAAUUAUUUCAUCUUUUACUAGCAAAUAAAUAUCGCUAAGGUUACACGUACGUAACUACUCGUAUUAUGUACAAAAUAGGUUUAUGUAAAUAUAAGGAACUAAUAAAUUACAUUUUGAACAUCGAA